AGUACGGCUCAGAUUGGUUCAAAGUGAGCAGAUCUGGUGUUAAUCUUGUAUCAUCCAACAGAUGUUGUAAGAGUAUGGCAAAGAUUAGGAAUCUCCAAAGUUCAUUUCUUCCAGAGCGAGUUAUUCCUUACUGGAACAAACUCCCUUCAGAUGUUAAGAACUCGGUCAGCAUGGCGUCAGAAAGUCCAGCCCGGAGCCAUGUCAAGCUCCCCAUGAGUUGGUUCCGGCAAAUAAUUGUGCUGAGCAUCAUGUACGUGAUAGUUGUCAAUAAACUUCUCAGAGGUUUUGUGUACAUAGCACUUGAAUGGUUUGUCGGUUGCUUUGCUCCAAAAAAACCAAUAAAAGAGUUUCCAGCAAUCCGAUCACCCUUCUUGAAGAUGCCAGCCACAACUCUUGAGCAACUUAUCCGAAGAAGGCAAAUCACUAGCACACAACUUGUUGAGCUUUACAUUGAUAGAAUUGUGGAUGUAAACCCUUUGGUUAAUGCUGUAGUCCAAACUGCAUUUGCCAAAGCUUUGGAUGAAGCUAACAGAAUUGAUGAAUUGAUGAAGUCAGACAGUUUCGAAACUGAUCCUAGAUUCACAGUAGAGAAGAUGCCAUUCUUAGGUGUUCCUAUCACAUGCAAAGAAAUCAUCUUUGUUAAGGGAUUCAGUGCAACUGCAGGAUUGAAAGGGAGAAUUGGUCACGUGUGUAAGGAAGAUGCUGAGGUGGUAAAGUAUAUGAGAGCUUCUGGAGCCAUCAUCAUUGGUCUCACCAAUACCAGUGAGUUAGCGAUGUGGUGGGAGUCUCAUAACCCUGUAUACGGGUACACGUGUAACCCUUACGAUCUGAGGUGUAUUGUUGGGGGCAGCUCUGGAGGAGAGGCUGCUUCAGUUGCAUCAGCCUGCAGCGUUAUGGGUAUUGGUAGUGAUAUCGGUGGAAGCAUCAGAAUGCCUGCAUUCUUUAAUGGCGUGUUCGGACACAAACCUUCUCCUUUCCUGGUCCCCAACAAGGGUCAAUUUCCGGGAGCAACGGUAGAGUCAGCCAAGUACUUGGGACUAGGCCCCAUCUGUAGAUAUGCACAGGACUUGGAGCCCAUGUUGAAGUGUAUGGCCCUGAAGGACGGACCUGUUGACUUCGAACAACCUCUCAAUUACGAUAUGUCGAAGAUAAAGUUUAUCUCUGUUGAAGAUGACGGCUGGUCUCAGUUUGAUGGCUGGUCAGUGUUUACUUCUCCCGUAGAUCGGGAGUUAAAACUCGCUCAGCGCAGAGUUGUCAACUUCCUGGAAUCUUCUUGUGGAGCAAAGGUGGAGAAGAAGGAAAUCAUGUUGCUGCGUUACUCACUGCCCAUCUGGAUGGCAAUUAUUAACAACAACGGGGAUCCUAAAUUCUCUCAAUUCUGCUCGUCCACAAAGGACAACACCGAGGUUUCGAGUUAUGAUCUGCCAUUAAAGAACAUGUACAAAGAAAUGCUGAAGAAGUGUGUUGGAAUGUCAGAUCAUACCUUCUACGUUAUCAUCACAGGAAUGAUGGAAAGAAUCCCGAUGGCUAAAGCGAGUAUAGAUCAAUUGCUAGCGAUGGGACAAGAACUGAGAGAUUUUAUCCACGAGCUACUUGAGGGAGAUACUGUCCUGUUAUACCCAUCCCAUCCCAUGACAGCACCAAGACACCACAUGCCAUGUUUCACUGGAUUUAACUUUGCGUACACUGGUAUCUGGAACAUUAUUGGAGUUCCAGUUACUCAAGUCCCUCUAGGACUCGACAAAAAUGGUCUGCCGCUUGGUGUUCAGGUUAUAGGAGGAGUUAACCAGGAUAGGCUGACGAUAGCUGUGGCUCGGGAACUGGAGAAAGCGUUCGGUGGCUGGGUUGACCCGACAGAGAAGUACAAGGUCUACAAAUACGAGCCAAUACGAGGCAUGCCAUCCAGCCCACGUCAUCACAAUAACUCAACAUCAUCUCAGAGUAAUCCAGUCACAACAGACUCCUCUUCUCCAGUAGACAGAUGACAGGGAGAAAACAUAAAACACGUACGUGAUAACGUGUAGCUGCUCGUUAGAUUUAUGAACAUAUGAUUUACGUUAGGAGAGCUGUUAUUUUUUACUUUUAAAAGUAUGAUGGCGAAAACUGAAAUCCUGUUAAUAUUGAAAAAUAGUCAGGCCAUUUUUUAGUAGCAAAUUGCGAAUAUUUUGAAGCUUUCCCGCGUUUAGGUUUGUUAUUUAGAUUUGCAGAUUUAAAUGUUUUUAUUCAAUAAUAAAUCACUGGGUAUUAUAAGCUCUAAUUUAUUGAUGAAUUUGCGUGAAAAUUUUGUUAUAUUAUGUAAAACAGUCAAAUGCCAUAUUAUUAGAGACAGUAAAUGUUUAUGGUUAAGUCGGUUAUUUGAAGUAUUUAGGGUAAAUAUCCUUUUAGAGCAAUAUGCGUAUAUUUAGUUAUUAUAUAUUAUAUAUGCAUACACGUUACAGUUUACUCUACUCACUGCACUUACUACAUAAUAUGUGUAAGAUUUAAUGGUUUAAUUUAAAUCAUUAAAGUUGAACUAUACGACAGUUUUGUGUUAAUAUAAAUCAGUUUGAUCAUUUCAAUCGUAUAACUUUAAAGUUAAAAAGUUUAAAUAUGUUUAUAAGGUAUGGGAUAAAAUGAAAUUUAUAAUUUAACUGGAAAACAGAAUAAACGAGUCGUAAUUUAAUUCCCAUAAGUGCACGAAAUUCCACUCAUUCUUCAAUGAAUAUGUAAAUUUUUCUAGCUUUAAGCUUAAACUUUCCUAAAUUGAUAGUUGUUAAAUUAUUUGUAAAUAAGCAAUGUUCAGUUGUAGUUGUUAGAUGUUCUCUGGAUUAAAUGCAGAUUUUUUGAGUUUAUGAUUUGUUGUCACAUGAGAAAUUCUUGUUCCUCAAACUGC